UUUUCCCCUUCUGACGAUUAUGGUAGUCUUCUGAACAAUCCAGACCAGCCCUUUGACUUACGCCCGCUUCGACACGCGGCCGGACACAAUCCGUGAGGCUGGCGGAGUAACAAAACACAUCCACACUCCGACACUCUUUUUUUUUCUUACAGUACAUCCACCGAAUUGCUGUGAAGGACAAGUUGAAACCCGAAAAGGUACAGAAAUGAAUUACCCAAUCGUCUGGGGUCUUCACAUGCAAGGUGAGAAGGUGCCAGUUGCUCCCGGAUUUCUUGUCUACAAAACCCUCUUUCACCGCACCUCACCAGAUCAUCUCCCAACAACUUCCCAAGCCCAAGAAAUAUAACUUCCCAAGAGCCUACUACCCUCUUCUCGACCAUUCCUCUUGAUCUCUAUCUCUAUCUCUAUCUCAUCCUUAUCCUUGCCCCCGCCAUUCUUAUUUCUGCGGUCCUCUCUCUAUCCUCACCCUACCAAACCGUCCUGUUUCCUCGACCUCCACCACCGACAUACAACGAUUACCUACAUUUGGCCGUAUUUCCCCCAACACAAGCCGCCCAUCAUGGUCGCCAGACUCGGCAAUGUGUCUGCCCUCAAAGACUUUUUGGCUUUCUUGGCCACAGUCUCCGGCGACAUCUCCCACAUCACGGCACCUCCAUUUAUCCUCGCACCUCAAUCCCUCACGGAAUUCCCCAGCUACUGGGCCGAACGACCGUCAUUGUUCACCGCCGCUGCCCACGAACCCACACCGGAAAAGCGUUGCCUCGCCGUCCUGAAACUAUACCUCGCCUCCCUCCAACGGCAGUACUACGUGGGCCGCACCGUCAAGGAAGGACUCAAGAAACCGCUCAACCCGUUCCUCGGCGAACUCUUCCUGUGCGAAUUCACCGACCACGACCUGACGUCCGAGAAGGAAGACUCCGACAAGUCCUCCACGGUCAGGGUCAUCACCGAACAAGUGUCUCACCACCCUCCCACGACGGCGUGCUACGUAUCGUCCGACGAACGACACGGCAUCCACGCCGAGGCGUACUCGACGCAACAGACCACGCUCUCGGGCACGUCGAUCGUGAUACGACAAUCGGGCCACGCCGUCAUCACCAUCGACAGGUACGACGAAACGUACCUCCUCCCGCUCCCCGACGUGCGCGCACGGGGCGUCUUGACGGGCGUCCCCUGGCCCGAGUUGGGGGACACCUACAGGAUCGUCAGUUCGGCAGGCUACACGGCCGAGAUGAAGUUCAUCCCGAAGAGGAUGUGGGGUGGGGAACGCAACGCCUUCGAGGCGGCGGUGUACAAGACCGACGACGCCACAAAGGACGCCGUCUAUUCCCUCGGCGGUCACUGGAGCAGUCGGUUCGGGGUCUACAACACCCACGGCCACCAGGUAGACACUUUUGACCUGGCGGACCCGGAGAACGCCCCCGCGCCCAUGACCAUCAGACCUCUCGACCAGCAGUCGCCGUGGGAGAGCCGACGGGCGUGGCGGGACGCGUUCGACGCGAUCCGACGCGGAGACCAGACCGCCACGGUCGCCGAGAAGGGCAAACUCGAGGAGGCGCAGCGGCGGAUGAGGAAACGCGAACGCGCCGCCGGUCAGGAGUGGGAGUGCACCUUCUUCAACCGGGUCGGAGAAGGGGAAGACGAGGAAACCGACCCCGCGGUGAAGAAGUUGUUCGACGUGGUCGCGGCCUCCGAGGACGGCGCGGACGAGGUGGAGAGGCUGAGAGGGUCGAACGGUGUCUGGAGGUUCGACCCGGUCAAGGCGAGGAAGUGGAGGGAGGGUCAAGGCGUGGCCAGGCCGGAGAGUCCCUUGGCCUAGUCGUCGAUUUUGUCCAGCUGGUGGCUAACGAUUUGUUUGAUGCAGCGCGGAAUCGUGUUUUCUAUUGGCUUUGGGCUUUGUGUGUUUUGUCAGGUCAAAGCAAGCGACGGUGUUUGGAGGGCUUUGGCAGUUCGCCCUGGAUUGUAUGUUAUUAUCGCGCCGUGACCUCGUUGACUACGUGUGAACGAGACAGCGCUGGUUAGAAUGAUACCCCCUAUAAAACA